UACCACUCACCACCAAUCAGACAGUCACCUCUGUCUCUGCGUUGUGGGUUGUGGCCUUGUGGGCGUAGCUUCCUGAUCUGUUCAUCUUGAUACUUGAGGGAGAUCGAAUCAGAGAGAAGCAUGGGCAGAUCACCGUGCUGCGAGAAGGCACACACGAACAAGGGUGCCUGGACCAAGGAAGAGGACCAGCGGCUCGUCGCCUACAUCAAGGCCCACGGGGAAGGCUGCUGGAGGUCGCUCCCCAAGGCGGCGGGGCUGCAGCGCUGCGGGAAGAGCUGCCGGCUGCGGUGGAUCAACUACCUGCGCCCCGACCUCAAGCGCGGCAACUUCACCGAGGAGGAAGACGACCUCAUCAUCAACCUCCACGGGCUCCUCGGGAACAAGUGGUCUCUGAUCGCCGGGCGGCUACCGGGCCGGACGGACAACGAGAUCAAGAACUACUGGAACACGCACAUCAAGCGCAAGCUCCUGGCCCGCGGCAUCGACCCGCAGACGCACCAUCCUCUCAGUGGCGCCGCCGCCAACGCGCCAAGCAGCCGUCCCCAGGACCAACGACCACGGGCGGCGGCGCGCUCAAGCUGCUCGCCGCAGACCAGCGGCGCGGGCCACAGCAGCGACGAAGACAGCGCGCACCUCGGCGGCAUCGAUCUCAACCUGUCCUUAAGUCCUCCCAGCCAACCGUCCUCGCCGGUCGCCGCCGUUGCCAACUAGCAGCUGGGCAGGCAUGCAAGAAGCGGCGCGACUAGCCUAGCUACAGAGAGAUUGAGGAUGUUCCUGUUCUUGAUUCUCCGGGGUUCAACGAGCAGGGGUGCACGCGCCUGCGGCGCCCAAGAAUCGAGGAGAGAGAGAGAGAGAGAGAGAGAGAGAGAGAGAGAGAGAGAUCAGCAGAGCGCAGCUGUAUGAUUUGAUAAUAUGAGGAAUCCUCUGGCCUCCUGUUCUCCUAAUUUUUCUAACAAAAUAUUAUUUGUGAUAUGAUAGCACAUCUUUGUGUUACAUCUUCACCAAAAUCUAUGCUUGUUCUUUCUUCCCUUUUGAUGCAUGCCGCU